CUUAGGAGAAUAAUGGGGCAGGUGGUGAGAAUUUUUUUAAAACUGUGAAGGUUGAGCCAGUGGGAUUUGCUGAUGGCUCCAGGGUGGAUUUCCUACAUACAUGCGCACCUGGUGAGAUCCCCAUCACCCACUUUGGUCCUCAGCCAUUGACAAGGAUUUCUUGCACUCUGGUCUGCACACCCCUUUCAGGCACAAGGACUCCUUCCAAUACUUGUGUUUCACACUUCAGGAAUCACCCACCUGGUGAAACUGCCUAAGGAGUCUGUGCAGAGCCCCUAAGAAUAGACAUUUGCUUCCCAAGAAGAAAAUUACUAAAAAGAAACAUCAGGAGCAAUUCUGACCAAAGUUACCUAACAUGGUUUUUGCUGAAGGGAGGCAAGGGUGCUCAGGUAUUGCUUGGGGGAUGGUAGAGGGUGAGGAACUUGAUGAGAUGUGAAGGGUAGGGGGUUCUGGCUAAACUAACUUAGGAUUUUUGCUAAACUUGGAUGAUGCCGAGACAAACGUCUCAUCCAAAAGCUGAGGUCUAGACCCAAAGUUCAGGGGAGCCUGAGUAGAGUUUGGUUCCAGACAGACUCUUUGCCACAGCUAGAAAAUGUUAGACCCUAGACAAAGUGUGUGUUCCCAAGCACAUGUGCCUGAGUAACAUCCUAAUUACUCCCACUGAAACAACCUCACUGUCGGCAGAAUUUUUCCACAACCACAGCCAGCUUUAUUCCCUCUGAUAAUUCUCACACUAGUUUUGGGAUUAGGGAAUCAGUCAAUACGGCAGAGCGCUGGGAAUCAGCAUAGAAGAGCCAAGGAAACACAACUCCCCAAGUCUGCUUUUUUUUUUUUUCACAUAAAGAUAAAAGAGAAGCCUCUGAAAUCACUGGCCCUCAGAGAGCUAUUUAACAGAGUUUCCCGGAGCUGAAUCAUUCUCAGUGUCCCUGUGAACAUUCCUUAAGAUGUUCUGGAAAAAAGGUUGGAGAUUUUAGAAACGAGAGAAAAAGGCCCAUUUUAAGGCUCCACGGAAAGAAAAAAGGAAUUCAAAAGCAACGAGGUUGUAUACUACAUGAGGAAGAGAAAAGAUGAUCCAAUGGCCUUGGAAAAUGGCACCGUGGUAAAAGAAUUUAUAUUUCUGGGGCUUACUCAGUCCCAAGACCUGAGCUUGGUCUUAUUCCUUUUUUUGUCUUUUGUGUAUAUGACAACUCUGCUGGGAAACCUCCUCAUCAUGGUCACCGUGACCUGUGAGUCGCGCCUUCACACCCCCAUGUACUUCCUGCUCCGCAACCUAGCCAUCCUUGACAUCUGCUUCUCCUCCAUCACUGCUCCGAAGGUCCUAGUAGACCUUCUGUCAAAGAUGAAGACCAUCUCCUACGCAAGCUGCAUGACGCAGAUCUUUUUCUUCCACCUCCUCGGUGGAGCAGACAUCUUCUCACUCUCUGUUAUGGCCUUUGACCGCUACAUAGCCAUCUCCAAGCCCCUGCACUAUGUGACCAUCAUGAGUAGGGGGCGCUGCACUGCCCUCAUUGCAGCCUCCUGGGUGGGGGGCUUUGUCCACUCCAUCGUCCAGAUUUCCCUGCUGCUCCCACUCCCCUUCUGUGGACCCAAUGUUCUCGACACUUUCUACUGUGAUGUCCCCCAGGUCCUCAACCUCGCCUGUACAGACACCUUUGCCCUUGAACUCCUCAUGAUUUCCAACAAUGGCUUAGUCACUACCCUGUGGUUCUUCUUCCUCCUGGUGUCCUACACAGUCAUCCUAAUGAUGCUGAGGUCUCAGACAGGGAAGGACAGGAGCAAAGCCAUCUCCACCUGCACAGCCCACGUCACUGUGGUGACCCUACACUUUGUGCCCUGCAUCUUCGUCUACGCCAGGCCCUUCACUGCCUUCCCCCCAGAUAAGGCCAUCUCUGUCACCUUCACUGUCAUCUCCCCUCUGCUGAACCCCCUGAUCUACACUCUGAGGAACCAGGAGAUGAAGUCAGCCAUGAAGAGACUGAAGAGAAGACUCAUGCUUUCCGUGACGGAAUAGAGUAAGAAUCUCCAACUUCUUCUUCACCAGGGAUUCCUUUCACUAUUGUCCCAAUGGCUUAUGUAGGUACUCAGAUAAAUUGUCAAUAAACCAAUGGUACUUACUAAGUAACAUUGUAUUUUCCUAUUUAAGAAUAGGUUACUGAUAACCCAAGCUUCUGGUGAGAGUGAAAUAACUAGUAUUAUAAUAUUAAGUUGAUGGAUGUAUUUCCCAUGAAGGAUAACUAUAUGGCAGUGAAGAAAUUCAUUGAAUCCAGCCCCUUUUUUAAGAGGUAAGUAAAUAGAAGCCCAGAGAUAAAGGGAUUUGCUCGAAAUCUGGUAGAGAAGUCUUCAGAUACCCAAUCUAUUGUUCUACCACCACAUAAAUGUAUGACAUUAUUAGACCUAUCUAUACCAAAUCCGGUUCUGGAAAGAUCCCAUGAUCAGUCAGUGCCUCCAAAAUACACCUACAUGGGUACCUCUCACAGUUUAAGAAAUUUUCUCGCCUUAGUUAAACCCCACAUGGUCUUGUGACCUAAGAAAUACAUAAUGGUUGUUCUCCUGGAUUCCUAGGAGGAAUGAAAAAGCUUGAGAGGAUUUCCCGAAAUGGCCUAAAGGGGUUUAUCUUCCGCAGUCCACAC